AUGUUCUACCGAGUCGCGCACGCGUACAUCACUCGAUCCUUCCUGUUUCGCGCCGCCCCCUUGGAGUCCCAGCCCGGCGCCACAGAGGCAGCCGUCGCCGCUGAGAAGGCCGCCGUCCGCGCCGCGCUCGCAGACCCCGAUGCGGCCUUUGCUGCGCACGCCGCCGCGCUCGGCGCGGCGCGGGACGCGCUCAAGGUUGCGGGGCGCGCGGCGCCGCCGCACAUGGCCGUGCUCGCCGACCCCGCGAACCUCGGAAAGUACAAAUCGGCGUUCAAGAAGGCCCUGAAAACCAUCGCGGCGCUCAACGCGCGGUCGGGGCCCAGCCUGGCGUAUGGCAUCACGCCGUUUGUGCACAUGCCCCACGAGGAGUUUGCCGCGGCCUACCUGGGCGGCAAGCGGGCGCCACCUGUCGGCGGUCCUAUGGUCGCUGACCGCGCCGGGCGGCGCGCAGCCUUCACGUGCAUCCGCAAUCACCCCUGGACCUCCUCCGGGCUGGCGGCACUGAAGGCACACAGCGCUGUUGACUGGCGGACGUCGACGCCACGCGCUGUCACAUCAAUCAAAAACCAGGACUCGUGCGGGAGCUGCGUGGUGUUUGCGAACAUCGCUGCCCUGGAGGCCGCUUAUAUCAUCAGCAAGAACAACACCAAGCAGGGCGCAGCCAUCACCUAUGCCAACACAGACCUCUCGGAGCAGGACCAGAUGGACUGCCUCGAGGGUGACGCCUGCCGCGGCGCCGACGGCUACGAAUACAUCGACAACGCCAUUUGCAACGGCGUGGCCAAGGAGAGCGACGACCCAUACGUUGGUGAUGACAACGACAAGUGCAAGGAAGUCCCCAGGGCCAAGUCUGGAGUGGUGGGGUACACAUUUGUGCCGGGCAACAUCGCAGACGUGACAAGGGCUCUGUCACACAAUGUGAUUUCCAUUGGUGUGGCGGCAGACAGAAACUUCCAGUACUACAGGGCAGGCGUCUUGGGCUGCACCAAGAGUGGCAGCCUCAACCAUGAGACCGCGCUGAUUGCUUACACGGAGGGGGUCCAAUCCGACCAGGGCCCCAUGAAGGUCUUCACUGCUAAGAACUCGUGGGACACCUAUUGGGGCGAGGACGGCUUCUUCCGGUUCCGCGCCGACUGCCCCUACCCUGGCUCCCUUGGAAUGUUCGCCGACCCCUACCUCACUGUCCCCAUACGCGGCUGA